AUGACCAUAUUUGUACAAAAAAUCAGAAUUCUUCUCCGAAGUGGUUAUCUCUCUGAACUAAAGGUUGGAUCUGUUGAAGAGUUUCAAGGCCAGGAGAAACUGGUCAUAAUUGUGUCAACAGUACGGUCCAGUGAAGAAAAUCUGUUUGAGGACACUCGUUGUGUUUUAGGAUUUCUUUCCAACCCCAAAAGAUUUAAUGUGGCCAUCACUCGAGCAAAAGCACUGUUGAUUGUGGUUGGUAAUCCACAUAUUCUUCUCAAGUGCGAAAUCCUCGAGCUUCUCUCUUGACCUGUGCAGCUUCAGCUAAGGAAGCAG